CUCGGCAAACCACGCCUACACGUCGAAAGAUACCUACCAGAAUUAUACCAGCUCCAGAGCAUCUCACCUAUUCCAUACCAACAUCUUCUCGGCAAUUAUUUGAAAGUAGCCCCUUACCUCGACGUCCCAUCCGACCACCGCAUGUCUCGCCCGACCCUUCGCCAUCCGGACUUUUCACCGAAAUAAUAUACUGCUCAAUACUUCCAACGAGGUGGUUCGGAAUCAUUGACUGGCAACAUGCAGCUAUCUUGCCUCUCUGCCUGUUGCGCCGGAAUCCCCGAUCAUUUCCAAAAUUGGGGCGAUCCAUCGUCUGAGACGCGAUCUAAGCCCGAGGUCAAAUUGCCAGAAAACUUCGCCCAACUCAGCCACGAAGAACAGGAAAUUGUUCAAGAGACAAUGCGGAGGCGCGUUGUCCACUUCUAUUAUGCUGCUUGGACCAUGAACGCCCUGCCAGAUCAUUUUGACGCCAUUAGAAGCCAGAGCUGCAUGCUUCGAGCGAAGCUUUUCCAGCACGCGCAACCUGUGUUGGCUCAGCACAUGCUUGGCCUAGGGAGCUUUAGCAACGCUCUGGACGUUCUCACGUGGAAUAACCUCGGCUUUAAAGAUGGUGGAAGUACGGAUCCCUACACCGUUGCUGUGCGGCAGGCUCACUCCCUCCCUUGGUGGUAA